UGAAUGCCUAGUCACUGCAGGUUUGUACCAGCCUGACCAAGCAGGACCAUGUCUACCUUUGGCUACAGAAGAGAGCUCAGUAAAUAUGAAGACAUUGAUGAGGAUGAGCUCCUUGCUUCUCUCACUGAAGAGGAGCUCAAGGAGCUGGAGCGGGAACUGGAGGACAUAGAGCCCGACCGUAACCUGCCAGUGGGACAACGGCAGAAGAGCCAGACAGAGAAAACACCAACAGGGACUUUCAGCAGGGAAGCGCUGAUGGCCUAUUGGGAGAGGGAAACCAGGAAACUCUUAGAAAAAGAGAGAUUGGGUGCAUGUGACAAGGAUUCCGAGCAAGAAGAAGACAAUUCAGAAGACAUUCAAGAAGAGUGUUUCACAGAAAGCAAUAGUGAAGUGUCUGAGGAGGUAUAUACUGAAGAGGAUGAUGAAGAAGAAGAUGAGGAGGAAGAUGAAGAUGAGAGUGAUGAUGAGGAUGAGGAAAAGCAAAAUGCUGCAGCUAGUAAAACACCCGAGGAUGGCAGGAGUUCUGACCACAUCAGACGCAGAAAGUGUAACAGCACAAAGGACAAUGAAAACUUACUCAAUGGCCAUGAUGGAAAAGACGCAGAUAACGUGAGCUUAAAAAGCAGUGCCAUCCACCCCUGUGGGAAUCCAACAGUUAUUGAGGAUGCUUUGGAAAAAGUUCGGAGCAAUGACCCUGACACCACAGAGGUCAAUCUGAACAACAUUGAAAACAUCACUUCACAGAUGCUUAUACAUUUCUCUCAAGCCCUGAGGGACAACACAGUGGUUAAGUCAUUCAGCUUGGCUAACACACAUGCUGAUGACAGCGUUGCAAUAGCUAUUGCGGGUAUGUUAAAGGUAAAUCAGCACAUAACUAGUCUGAAUAUUGAGUCAAAUUUUAUCACAGGCAAAGGAGUGCUGGCCAUUAUGAGAGCUUUGCAGAAUAACAAGGUUCUAACAGAACUGCGGUUCCACAAUCAAAGGCACAUUAUGGGUAGCCAGGUGGAAAUGGACAUAGUUAAACUGUUGAAAGAGAACACCACUCUGGUCAAGCUUGGAUACCACUUUGACCUCGCUGGCCCAAGAAUGAGCAUGACAAGUAUCCUGACAAGAAAUAUGGAUAAACAAAGGCAAAAGCGUAUGCAGGAGCAGCGGCAACAAGAGUCUGGUUGUGAUGGAGCCAUCAAUCCAAAGACCAAAGCCUUGCAGAAGGGGACACCUCGGUCCUCACCUUAUGUGUCACCUAAGAACUCACCUUGGUCCUCUCCAAGUCUCCCUAAGAAAGCACCACCAGUGAAAAGUCAGCCUACAGUUCCUGCACCCCCACCUCCUCCUCCACCUCCACCUCCUCCUCCUCCUCCUCCUCCUGUUAUUCCAGAGAAGAAGGCACCAACCAGGAAUAUAGCUGAAGUAAUCAAAGAGCAAGAAAGCUCAAAAAAAGCCUUACAGAACGGACAGAAAAAGAAAAAAGGCAAAAAAGGCAAAAAACAUGAGAACAGCAUAUUGAAAGAAAUUAAAGAUUCUCUAAAAUCAGUCUCGGACAGAAAAUCAGAGGAAGGUUCACGACCCUCCACCCGUCCUUCCACCCCACAAAGGUCUCUCCAUGACAACCUUAUGGAAGCAAUUCGGGCAAGCAGCAUAAAGCAAUUAAGGCGGGUGGAUGUACCAGAAGCCCUUCGAUGAAAGCCUGGACAACAGAAGGAGCAGAGCACUGUGCUGGUCGAUGGGAGGCUGCUCAUCCCUUCAGUGGUGGUAACAUAGACUGUCCUUCAGUGGUGGUAACAUAGACUGUCUAGCAAGCUGCUUCCAAAGUACCCCCUUAGAUACAAAUCAUUUCUCUUUUAUUUCAAAGAUAUAGACCUGCUAAAUACAAAACAAUGCUUUAAGGAUACAUUUGCCUUGUAAUCUGUAAAUAUGGAAAUAAUUUUUUUUUUAUUUAAUGAGAUUUCUAUUGAGAAAUUGCUGCUUAUUUAGAUAAUAUUUUCAAUAUUUGAUUGCACAUCACUGGACAAGUUCUUCACACUGAGAUGUAAUAGUUUACUAACCUGUGGUUUCUCCUUAUUUUUUUUUUUUCAUGAAUUUACAAUAAAUGUGGUUUGAAGCUUUCAAG